AUGACGCAAAAAGACGAGGAGCAUGUCUCCCCGUCUGGGCCACCAUCUGAUGAGAAUGUGAGGAUAGGGACGGAAGAUGCGGAGGCUGAGGGCCUUGACCUGGAACAACUGGGGCGUCAACGUCCGGCUGCGUUCAAGAACGGUCUUUACGAGGUGCUGUUUUGCAGCUCUCUCCUUGUCUCUAUGUUCAUGGCGGAAUUCUUCAUCUCUGGUUUCAACAUCAUCCUCCCCAAUGUUGCCAAGGCGCUCGACAUCCCAAAGGGCGCCCAGACAUGGCCUGCAAGCGUAUUCUCGCUCGUCACCGGUUCAUUCCUUCUGCCUUUUGGCCGUCUCGCCGACAUCUAUGGAGCCUACAUUGUCUUCAAUCUCGGCAUCGUCUGGUUUUUCAUCUGGUCCUUGGUCUCUGGCUUCAGCACCAACUAUCAGAUGCUCAUCGUCGCCCGUGCCCUCGGUGGUCUAGGGCCUGCCGCCUUUCUCCCCACGAGCAUCAUGUUGUUAGGCAAGACGUACCGCCCCGGCCCUCGCAAGAAUUUGGUUUUCAGCAUGUGGAGUGCAUUCGCUCCGAUCGGCUUCUUCCUCGGCAUCAUUACCGGCGGUGCUACGACGCAGUACUUGUCGUGGCGUUGGUAUUUCUACCUUGGGUCCAUUGUUACGUUUGUCGUCUGCGUGUGCUCCUUUAUCACGAUUCCCCGUGACGGCGCACAAACCCGCGCAGAAAACGCACAUGUCAGGAUGGACUAUUGGGGUGCGGCAACCACUGUUCCGGGCUUGAUCUUGACGACAUUCGCUAUCACUGAUGGUGCUCAUGCGCCUAACGGCUGGCGCACCCCGUACAUCCUUGUUACGUUCAUCCUCGGCGUAUUGUCUCUGGCUGCGGCUGUUUAUGUCGAGGGCUGGGUUGUCGAGCAGCCCCUCCUGCCGUUUGAUUUGUUCAAGCCAAAGUACAUGGGUCGCCUGUCCGUUGCGCUGUUCUUUGCCUACGGCGUGUUUGGCGUCUUUUUGUUUUACGCUAGCUUCCACAUCAGCGAGUUCGUGGGGGCCUCAGCCCUUCAAACCGCCGUAUGGUUCGCACCUAUGGCAGCUGGAGGCAUUAUAUUAGCCACUGUGGGCGGUUUCACGCUCCACUUGCUCCCCGGCCGUAUUCUGCUCGUUAUCUCUGCUAGCGGCUUUCUCGCUACUAGCCUACUUUUUGCUUUCGCACCUCGCGAUGGCAAUUACUGGGCUUACAUUUUCCCCGCCAUGAUCGGUGCUACUAUCGGCAUCGAUAUUACUUUUAUUGUCAGCAACGUCUUCAUCACCACCAAUGUCGCUCGUGAGCGCCAGGGCAUUGCUGGCGCCUUGAUAAAUUCGUUGCUGUUUCUCGGUAUCAGCUUCUUUCUCGGCUUAGCGGAUCUAGCCGUCUCGGAGGAUGAAGGUAGGGGGGGAACACAGGGUCACAAGGUUGCGUUUUGGUUUGCGGCCGCGUGCUCAGCGGUUGUGCUCCUCACAUUUGCCACCAUCAAGCUCGGUAAGGCCGAGAGCGAGUUGACAGUCGAAGAACGGGCACAGGCCGGAGCACAUGGGGGCCUCCGGGAAGUACAGUCUGUGCCUCAAACGGGGCCGACUUUGGCGUGA